UGUGCUGCGGCACUGCGGUUCCGAGGCCGUUACCCUAGCUCCUCCAGAGGGCGGCGGAGGAGGCUGGAGCGCGGCAGCGGAGCGUCCGGGCGUCGCUGAGGCACACGGAGGCUGGCGGGGCUCCUGCAGCCGGACGGUCAGGGACACGCCUCGGAGCUCCGGGCCCCGGGCAAGGCCAGGGCGCUGAAGCGAGCGCGAGGCCGCGGAGGGAUGCUGAGCGCCCGGCGAGGGGCGAGCCGCGCCUGAGGCUGUGAGGUUGCGGGCAGACGCUCCCAGCUCUCGGCGCCCGUGCCCGCUGGCGGCCGGAACGCCCAGAACCGCUCGCCCAGGUCCAGCCCGGCCCCCUCGGCCCCCACGUUGGGCUUGAGUUCUUGGCGGCCGCUGCGCUGGCCGGCUCCCCCCGGGAGCGGGGCAACCUUGACGGGCUUUUUGUCUCGUGCCCCGGCCGCUCUCCGCGUCCUCCUCCUCCAGAUGCCUUUUUUCUGCCCCUCCUCACCGGGUGCAGACUGCCAGCAUCGGCUGCGGCUCAGCGCGGGAUUCGGGCUCGUUUUCCCGGGGGGGCUAAGGAGGGACAGUUCUUCCCCUUCUUCGAUGGGAUUUUCCUCUCCUGCCGGAAUGAACUUUCAUUGAUUCCGUCUUCUACAUUUACUGACCAAUUCCCUGGGCGUAUUUGUGGUACUUCCUCCCCCCGCCCCCUCCUGAAUAUAUAAUCUGUAAAAUGGAGAACGAAAUCUUUACUCCCCUUCUGGAGCAGUUCAUGACCAGCCCCUUGGUCACUUGGGUUAAAACGUUUGGACCUCUGGCUGCAGGAAAUGGGACUAACCUGGAUGAGUAUGUGGCUUUAGUGGAUGGGGUAUUCUUGAACCAGGUCAUGCUCCAAAUUAAUCCUAAGUCGGAGAGUCAACGAGUAAAUAAAAAAGUCAACAAUGAUGCUUCCCUUAGAAUUCACAAUCUGUCCAUUUUGGUGAAACAGAUAAAAUUUUAUUAUCAGGAGACUUUGCAGCAGUUGAUUAUGAUGCCAUUGCCAAAUAUCCUAAUCAUUGGCAAAAAUCCCUUUUCUGAACAAGGUACAGAAGAAGUUAAAAAGUUGCUUUUGCUCUUACUUGGUUGUGCAGUUCAGUGUCAGAAAAAGGAAGAAUUUAUUGAAAAAAUUCAAGGUCUAGAUUUUGAUACGAAAGCAGCAGUUGCUGCACACAUUCAAGAGGUAACUCAUAAUCAAGAAAAUGUGUUUGAUCUGCAAUGGAUGGAAGUGACAGAUAUGUCUCAGGAAGACAUAGAACCACUCUUAAAGAAUAUGGUGUCACAUCUAAGAAGGCUGAUAGAUGAGAGAGAUGAACAUUCAGAGACUAUUGUAGAACUCUCAGAAGAGCGAGAUGGUGUUCAUUUUCUACCCCAUGCCUCUUCAUCUGCACAGUCACCCUGUGGUUCUCCGGGAAUGAAGCGAACAGAAAGUCGACAGCAUCUCUCAGUGGAAUUGGCAGAUGCUAAAGCCAAGAUCCGAAGACUUAGGCAGGAAUUGGAAGAAAAGACUGAGCAGUUACUGGACUGUAAACAAGAACUUGAGCAAAUAGAAGUGGAAUUGAAGAGGCUGCAACAAGAGAACAUGAAUUUGCUUUCGGAUGCUCGAUCUGCUAGAAUGUACCGAGAUGAAUUGGAUGCCCUCCGAGAGAAAGCAGUCAGAGUUGAUAAGCUUGAAAGUGAACUCAGUAGAUAUAAAGAGAGACUACAUGAUAUUGAAUUUUAUAAGGCAAGAGUUGAGGAAUUAAAAGAAGAUAAUCAAGUUUUAUUAGAAACAAAAACUAUGCUGGAAGACCAACUAGAAGGAACCCGGGCUCGUUCUGACAAACUACAUGAAUUAGAAAAAGAGAAUUUACAACUAAAGGCUAAAUUGCAUGAUAUGGAAAUGGAACGAGAUAUGGAUAGAAAGAAGAUUGAAGAAUUAAUGGAAGAAAAUAUGACUCUGGAAAUGGCACAGAAACAAAGUAUGGAUGAGUCGUUACACCUUGGCUGGGAGCUGGAACAGAUAUCCAGAACUAGUGAACUUGCUGAAGCACCACAGAAGUCCUUGGGCCAUGAGGUAAAUGAAUUAACAUCAAGUAAGUUAUUAAAGUUGGAAAUGGAAAACCAGAGUCUGACGAAAACUGUAGAAGAGCUCCGGAGCACUGCGGACUCCGCAGCAGGCAGCAGUUCCAAAAUCCUGAAAGUUGAAAAGGAAAACCAGAGGCUGAAUAAAAAGGUUGAAAUUCUUGAAAAUGAAAUUAUUCAAGAAAAGCAAAGUCUUCAGAAUUGUCAAAAUUUAAGCAAGGAUCUAAUGAAAGAGAAAGCUCAGCUUGAAAAAACAAUUGAAACACUCAGAGAAAAUUCAGAGAGGCAGAUUAAAAUAUUGGAGCAGGAAAAUGAACAUCUGAAUCAAACAGUGUCUUCCUUACGGCAGCGUUCCCAGAUUAGUGCUGAGGCAAGAGUGAAAGACAUUGAAAAAGAAAAUAAAAUUCUCCAUGAAUCUAUCAAAGAAACAUGUGGAAAACUAAGCAAGAUUGAAUUUGAAAAAAGACAAAUGAAAAAGGAAUUAGAGCUUUAUAAAGAGAAAGGAGAGCGAGCAGAAGAACUUGAAAACGAGUUGAAUCAUCUUGGAAAGGAGAAUGAAUUGUUGCAGAAAAAGAUAACGAAUUUAAAGAUUACAUGUGAAAAACUUGAGACAUUAGAACAGGAAAAUUCAGAGCUAGAAAGAGAAAAUAGGAAAUUUAAAAAAACUUUGGAUAGCUUUAAAAACCUUACUUUUCAGUUAGAAUCUCUAGAAAAAGAGAAUUCCCAACUUGAUGAAGAAAACUUAGAACUGCGAAGGAGCGUGGAGUCUCUGAAGUGUGCGAGCAUGAGAAUGGCCCAGCUCCAGCUAGAGAACAAGGAGCUGGAGAGUGAGAAGGAGCAGCUAAGGAAGGGCUUGGAGCUCAUGAAAGCCUCUUUCAAGAAGACAGAACGCUUGGAAGUUAGCUACCAGGGGCUAGACACAGAAAAUCAAAGAUUACAAAAAGCUCUAGAAAAUAGCAAUAAAAAAAUCCAACAGUUAGAGAGUGAGCUACAAGACUUAGAGAUGGAAAAUCAAACAUUACAAAAAAGCCUAGAGGAACUGAAAAUAUCUAGCAAAAGACUGGAACAACUAGAAAAAGAAAACAAGUCAUUAGAGCAAGAGACAUCUCAACUUGAAAAGGACAAGAAACAAUUGGAGAAGGAAAAUAAACGACUCCGACAACAAGCGGAAAUAAAAGAUACCACAUUAGAAGAAAAUAAUGUGAAAAUUGGGAAUUUGGAAAAAGAAAACAAAACUUUAUUCAAAGAAAUUAAUGUAUUUAAAGAGUCCUGUGUUCGUCUAAAAGAAUUAGAAAAAGAAAAUAAAGAGCUUGUAAAAAGAGCAACUAUUGACAUUAAAACCUUGGUUACGUUACGUGAGGAUUUAGUCAGUGAAAAAUUGAAGACACAACAAAUGAACAAUGAUCUUGAGAAAUUAACUCAUGAGCUUGAGAAGAUAGGUUUAAAUAAAGAGCGGCUCCUACACGAUGAGCAAAGCACUGAUGACAGUAGGUACAAACUUUUGGAAUCAAAAUUAGAAUCCACUCUUAAGAAGUCCCUUGAAAUAAAAGAAGAAAAAAUUGCUGCUUUAGAAGCUCGGUUAGAAGAAUCUACAAAUUACAAUCAGCAAUUGCGCCACGAACUAAAAACAGUGAAAAAAAAUUAUGAAGCUCUCAAACAGAGACAAGAUGAGGAAAGGAUGGUACAGAGUUCCGUUCCAGUCUCUGGAGAAGAUGACAAGUGGGGACGAGAAAGUCAAGAAGCGACUAGAGAGCUCCUGAAAGUUAAAGACAGGUUAAUUGAAGUAGAAAGAAACAAUGCUACGCUGCAAGCAGAGAAGCAAGCACUGAAAACUCAACUGAAGCAACUUGAAACACAAAAUAAUAAUUUGCAGGCUCAGAUUCUUGCACUGCAGAGGCAGACAGUGUCAUUGCAGGAGCAGAAUACCACGCUUCAGACACAGAAUGCCAAACUUCAGGUUGAAAAUUCUACCCUUAAUUCACAAAGUACUUCACUUAUGAACCAGAAUGCACAGCUUCUAAUCCAGCAGUCUUCCUUAGAAAAUGAAAAUGAAUCUAUAAUGAAAGAACGAGAAGACUUGAAAUCUCUGUAUGAUGCUCUGAUAAAAGAUCAUGAAAAGCUGGAACUUCUUCAUGAGCGGCAAGCUUCAGAGUAUGAAUCUCUGAUCUCUAAACAUGGCACCCUGAAGUCUGCUCACAAAAAUCUUGAAGUGGAACAUAAAGACCUUGAAGACCGUUACAAUCAGUUAUUAAAACAGAAAGGACAAUUGGAAGAUUUGGAAAAAAUGAUCAAAAUGGAACAGGAAAAAAUGCUGCUUGAAAGCAAAAACCAUGAAGUGGUAGCUUCAGAGUACAAGAAGCUUUGUGGUGAAAAUGAUAGGUUAAAUUAUACAUAUAGUCAGCUUUUAAAAGAGACUGAAAUUUUACAAAUGGACCAUAAAAAUUUGAAAAGUGUUCUAAAUAAUUCUAAAUUGGAACAAACAAGAUUAGAAGCUGAAUUUUCAAAGCUAAAGGAGCAGUAUCAGCAACUAGAUAUCACAUCUACCAAGCUAAAUAACCAGUGUGAGUUGCUCAGCCAACUUAAAGGAAAUUUAGAAGAAGAAAAUCGACAUCUACUUGAUCAGAUCCAGACACUAAUGCUACAGAACAGAACACUGCUGGAGCAAAAUAUGGAAAGCAAGGAUCUCUUUCAUGUUGAACAAAGACAGUACAUUGAUAAAUUAAAUGAAUUGAGACGACAAAAAGAAAAAUUAGAAGAGAAAAUUAUGGAUCAAUACAAAUUUUAUGACCCAUCUCCUCCUAGAAGGAGAGGCAACUGGAUUACUCUAAAAAUGAGAAAAUUGAUAAAGUCCAAAAAAGAUAUUAACCGGGAACGUCAGAAAUCUCUAACACUAACACCCACCCGCUCAGACUCCAGUGAAGGAUUUCUUCAGCUGCCCCAUCAAGACAGUCAAGACAGCUCUUCAGUAGGAUCAAACUCUUUAGAAGAUGGCCAAACCCUGGGGACCAAGAAGAGCAGCAUGGUUGCACUGAAAAGACUGCCCUUUUUGAGGAACAGACCGAAGGAUAAAGACAAAAUGAAGGCCUGCUACCGUCGUUCCAUGUCCAUGAAUGACCUGGUGCAGUCCAUGGUCCUAGCAGGAGGACAGUGGACAGGUAGUACUGAAAAUUUGGAGGUCCCUGAUGAUAUUUCAACGGGUAAAAGGAGAAAAGAAUUGGGAGCUAUGGCCUUCUCUACUACAGCCAUCAACUUUUCAACUGUCAACUCUUCUGCAGCCUUCCGAUCCAAGCAGUUGGUUAAUAAUAAAGAUACUACAUCCUUUGAAGACAUAAGUCCACAAGGUAUUAGUGAUGAUUCUAGUACGGGAUCAAGAGUUCAUGCUUCAAGACCAGCCAGCCUUGAUAGUGGCAGAACAUCCACUAGCAAUAGCAAUAAUAAUGCUUCACUCCAUGAAGUCAAAGCAGGUGCAGUUAAUAUCCAAAGCAGGCCACAAAGCCACAGCAGUGGAGAUUUCAGUCUGCUUCAUGAUCAUGAGACUUGGUCUAGCAGUGGUAGCAGUCCAAUUCAGUAUUUGAAAAGACAGACCAGGUCAAGCCCUAUGCUCCAGCACAAAAUAUCUGAAACAAUAGAGAGUCGAGCACAUCACAAGAUGAAAGCUGGCUCCCCAGGAAGUGAAGUUGUUACUCUACAACAGUUUUUGGAAGAAAGCAACAAGCUUACCUCAAUACAGUUGAAGUCCUCGAGUCAAGAGAAUCUUUUAGAUGAAGUAAUGAAAAGUUUGUCUGUGUCUUCUGACUUUCUGGGGAAAGACAAGCCUAGCUGUACCCUGGCCAGGUCAGUAAGUGGAAAGACUCCAGGGGACUUCUAUGAUAGACGGACAACUAAGCCUGAAUUUUUGAGAACUGGUCCUCAAAAGACUGAAGAUGCCUACACCAUCAGCUCUGCAGGGAAACCUACACCAAGCACUCAAGGAAAGAUAAAACUCGUAAAAGAAACCUCUGUGUCAAGACAAUCAAAAGAUAGCAAUCCUUAUGCCACUUUACCUCGUGCAAGCAGUGUGAUCUCUACUGCUGAAGGAACAACUCGAAGGACGAGCAUCCAUGAUUUUUUGAGUAAAGACAGUAGACUGCCCGUGUCAGUCGAUUCAUCACCACCUACUGCUGGUAGCAGCAGCACUACAGCAUCUAAUGUGAACAAAGUACAAGAAAGCAGAAAUUCAAAAAGCAGGUCUAGGGAGCAACAAAGCUCCUAAUUCAGUGACCCACUGCAUGACAUGUGGGCCCUGGGAGAGAAAAGUGUCCUUCAGUUUCUCAGUGUGAAGACUUUAUUUCUGAAGUAACAAGACACCUAGCAACUAUAGGAACUAUAAAAACAGUAAGGAGAUUUUAACACAUCCCUUCGUGAUUAGAGCAGGGAAGAGAUAUAAACUUCAUUCUUCCUUGAAUCAAGGAGCACUACUGGAUUCAACUGCCAAACGUUUUAGAAGGUUUUAGGACACUGUACAGUGCACUAAGCUCUACUGAAUAAAGGACAUUCUCUCACUAAGGACCGAGUGUUUUAAGGUCAAGUAUGCUAAGGAACAGCCUACUUCUUUCAACAUUUGUUUAUUAAUUUAUCCAUUUUUGCUUACUGCUUCUAAGUAUUAUCCAAAAACUAGUCAUUUAUAUUUAGUUGUACAAAUCUAAAUUAAGUGUUGUAGUAUUUUGUGGAAUGUACUAUAUAUCAAGAUACAGAGAAAAUUGUUCUGGCAUGUCAGCCUUUUUUCAUUAGCAGAGUGCAUGUGUUGGUACGCUGGUUAUUGUUUUUGUUUCUAGAGCCAAUUGUUUGGAUGCACUGCAAAGGAAGUGCAGUUCAUAAGAUAUGCAGUAAUUUCCAUAAUGAAAUAUAAGAGUGAUAAAAAUUAUAUAUUAAUCUUACCACUUUCCCUGAUAAGCUGCACUAGGUAUUCACAAAUGGAUCCAAGAUAAAAAUCAUUUUUCUGAAACAUUUUUUAGUGAGAUGGUUUUCCAGCAAAUAGCAUUUACAAGAUAAAGUGAUUAUGUUUUUAACUCAUUUCCCUUCUUUGGUAUUGGGUUAUGUGUGUGUGUUUUUUUACGUGAGAGCUGAUUAUUGCUUAAGAAGUUUUCUUAUGGCAAAACAAUGUAAAUAAUUUCUAUGACCUACAUUUUUUUCAGAAACUCAUUUACUAUUAAGGUUGUCAUUUAUUACUAAGAAUUUUUCUGUUUUUGUCCUUUAUAAUAUUAUAUUAAACUUAAUAACUAUUAUAGGUAAUCUUGAAAUAUUUGUAUGUGUUUGUUACCUUAAACAUUUGAAAGAAGCACAAAAAAGUAGAUUUAGUUAUCCCAGAGAAACACCAGUUUUUUAGUAGUAGCAAUUUUAUAUCACAGUUUUAUUUUCUUAUGAAGUCAAAAAAAAAAAACCACAUUGCUACUCAUUAAGGCAAGUUCAUUAUUUAACAUAAAAACCAGAAUAAUCUUUUAAAGUGAAAAAAAGUACUAUUUUUAUUUUAACAGUAUACUUCUUAAGCUCUUAUUACCAGCUCUAGAGAACUUUUUGGAAUAAUUAUGCAUUCCCUAAUGUGUGCUUUACAAACUGUGUAUCAUCACUAACCCAGUAGCCAUGACAGAAAUCUCUUUUCUUUGCAGCCCCAUCCUCCUCUUUUUGUUUCUCUCUCGCCCCCACUCUCUGUAGUAGGUCACUAGCAGGUUGUGUUUAUAGCAACCUUUGGAAAGACCGUCAAUAAAAACGACAAAAAAACAUUUAGUUGUUCAGAAAUUGAAAGUUAGAGAACUUGGAUUUAUUUAACUCAGUGCUGCCAGAAAAUAAUGCUAUAAAAUUAAAUUACUUUAAAACUCUUUAAUGAAAGGUGCUAUUUAAAUGUAAAUACUAAGGAUUUACUGAAACACAAUACACAUACUAAAAAUCUAUUCUCUAGACUUUGAAAUCUUCUGUGUGACUCCUUAGAUUCAAGUCUCAAAUUGGUAAAUGGGUAUCAUGGAAGUCUAGAGACAGUUGCAUGUAAAAAACAUUGUAAAUUCACUGUUGGUUGAGAAGUUGAAAAUGAGUGUAGAAUUAUGUUUUAGCUUAAUAUAUAAGAAAAUAAGUUAGGUUUAUAUUAACUAGCAUCCAAUUUGCACAAUUAGCACACAUCCCAGGACAGUUAAUGAAUGAGUGUGAGGUGACCUAAUGAGGGUAAGUAGUAAAGCAGGUUGAACCUGCUGAGGUAAUCAGCACUUCAGCUAAAAAUACUGUAAUGUAUUAACUUGGAGUAGGCCAACCCUGAGGAGAAAAAAAGAGAAAACUAAGAGAAUACAUGAGACUAUUACAUUAUUCUCAAUUAUAUUAAUUGCCUUCCUCAUACCAGUUCAAGAAAGGACUAGCUGAUAACUGCAUGAAUUUUUUUUUCUUUGAAAUCUACUUCAGAAGCAGACUUUGUAGGAAUCUAAGCCAAAUGGAAAUUAAUCCAAACCAUUUUUCUAACCAAGCCUAAACCCAACUGUCUGGUGCUAUUCCUAAACCUCCAUAAACUUUAAAAAUGAGAAUAACAGCAUCUGCCCAGAGCUCUAAUGACAUGCCUCCUAGCUGGCCAUGGAAAUGUUUUGGUUCAAGUUUUUUUGAGUUGGUGGUUACCAAAGAGUUCACGAUACAGGUCCAUGUGAAGCACCUUUCAUGCAAGGCAUGUUAAAAGCCUAUUUAAAAAUCACUGUGUAUAUUAUAGAAUUGUAACCACCUCACACAUGGAUUACUACAGCCUGAACUGUCGUAACAGUUUAUGUCAGGAAGCAAAGUCAAUACUGUACCAAAUCUGGAAUUGUGAUGGGGAAUUAUGUGUUCUAAAGGACUUUUGUACUUUAAGUCACUUUUUAUGAAAAAAGUGAAUUGUCUUUCUUUUCAGCUAUUUGUCCUGAGAUGUAUUUUUUUCUUUUGAGUCUUGAAUAUGAAUAGUACAAAAAGAGCCCAUUUUAUAAUUAUAAAUCUUGAUAUACAGGUUAAGCUAUUUGGACAAUGAAAACGCCUUAAAUGGAAUGCUUAAUGGGUAAUGUUGCACUUAUAACAUCCUUUGACAAAAUCUGAUUUUAAAUUGUCUUUUUUCUACUAGUUUUGUUUUCAAUGUUUGCCAUUGUACUCACAACUGUUAUUAAAUACCAAAUCAAAUAAUAUAAAAAGAUGUAACAUUUCCUUUAAAAUUAAUGCUAAUAAGGGAGGUAGAGUUGAAUAACAAAACGACUUUUCCUCGUGGCACCUGAUGUCUGUCACAGGAGUCCAUGCACAACAAGAUACCAUUGUUUGAGAUGUUUUUUAUAGUCACUUUCUUUUUUUUUAAUUUUCCUUAAAAAUAUUUAUGUUGGACUAACUGAUAUAAAAAGAAAUAAAAACAAAAGGUAAUUUUUUAACAAAUUGUUACAGUCAUCUUAAAAUUUAUGUUGGCCAAGUGUUACUUUUUCCCUGGAGAACCGUUUUGGGGCUUCAUAGACUUUAUCCUAAUCAUUUUGGUCAUUAAGAUGUUUGGGUAGAGAGUCAGUUCUGUCAAUCCUAAAAUAAGUUUAAGUAUGUUUACUAAGAGAAAGCUUAAAUUAUAAAGUAGAUACAGUGAGAAUAACAAUGGUAGCUAAUAAUAAAAUAGAACUAUAACAAUAGUUUGUUGUCCCCCUACCCCCUUCGAGUUUUGGGUUGGUAGGAAGGGGGUAACUACUGGAGAUUUUACUCAGGGCCUUAAUCGUGGUAGGCUGGCACUUUACUUAGCUGUAGUCUCAGCCCCUUUCUCAGUACUUCUUCUUGUGCUCUAUGCGCUCUUUUUGUGAUGUGAGAUAAAAUAACUAGGUGAUGAAUUGAGUGCAGUGAUAGAGGAAAUAUAUUAAGCUAGUCGAUAGGGGUUGUCUGAACACCAGUGCUGUGACACCACAUUCACUGCCACAAGUUUGGUAACCACAGGGACUAAGUGACCAACAGAUAGGUAGAAUAUAUGCUAUGGAUAUGCCAGACAGUCAUUCAGUGAUGACAUCUCCUGCUACUGAAACAGACAUGUCGUUUAAAGCUUACGAAUUUUGGAAUUUCUCAUGUAAUAAUUUUGGUUCAUUUAACCACAGGUUACUGAAACUUCAGGACUUAAAACUCCUAAGAAUGUGUGAUAGGCUGCAAAAAUUGUUGUCUUUGUGGGGCUGGAGU